AUGAAAGAUCCAGAUUCACCGAAAUUGGAAUCUGUGGCAACAUCAGAAAAUGAUGCUAUAAUAUCGUAUACACCACCGGAAGGAAAAAAUUUGACUUUUUAUAUCAAAUAUUAUCCGGUUGAUCAUGUUGAACAUGCAAAUGUUAUUGAAACCAAAGCAACACUGGUCAAACUACAGGGUUUGAAAUCGAAUACAAAAUUUUCACUACAAAUGUUCACAAUGGAAAAUGGUAUUCUAUCAUUGGAUUCUGUGGAAACUUUCUUUCGGACGAAAGAGAAAGAAAUAAUUUAUACUAUUCGAACAUUACCAGAGCAUUUCACCUUACCAUUUGAACGUUUUACAACCACUGAAUACAUUACAUCUACUACUCCAUACACUCAACCUACCGACUGGCUAGAAACCUCAACAUUGGCAACGACAGUAUCAACUGAUAAAACCUCAUACUACACAGUACAAGUAUCAGAAACAUUUCCACAAACAUCUUUGAAAACAAGUUUAAUAAGUACAUUGUUUUCGCCAAGUGCUGGGCCAUCUUAUGAAACUGUGUUAACAACCAUUAAUCAAUCCACCGAGAGCAGUAGUACUACAGAAUCAACUUUGUUGGUAUCUUCACCACAAACACAAACAUCAUUUUUCACCGGAACAUCAACAGAGGAACGCUUAGCUACGGAAAUCUCUUCUUCUGCGGAGACCGAUUAUUUCGAACAAACGACUGUUGCACCGUAUUCAGCCAGCAGCAUUAGCAGUACUGUUGAACCAGAGCUGCCGGGGUCAACAGAAAAAACCGAAACGACGCACGGUCAUGAGUCUACAAUUGAUAUUUCACCAUUCCAUGAACCAUCUGCUGACAUAUACUUGAGUAAAGAAGGCAACAAUGUUCGUGUUGAAUGGGACUUACCCGAAGAUACAAUAUGUGACGCUUUUGUGCUUAAAUAUACGAUCCUUAGUUUGAGUACACCAAAAACGUACUCCGUUGGCACCGAUACUCAAUACAGUAUUAUAAAGAUGUUUCCAGAACAUAAAUUACAGUUUCGAGUUUUUUGUUUGCUAGAAGGUUCUAUCUCACAAACCUGGUGGGCUCAACGAGUUGUAGACUUCUCAAGACCUGAACCAGUGCAUAAUUUACGAGUCGUCGAAGCGUACACUGACGAAUUUUACGUUUCGAGGAUAACAAUCGAAUGGAAUUGGCUGACCAAACAUGACUUUGACAGCUAUCGCAUUCUUGUUUCAUAUGCGAAAGGGAAGAUUACUAACCAGCCCGAGGAGAUAGAAGUGGAGAAUGCUGAGCCGAUAACAAUUGAAAAAUUAGAUCCAAGUCAAUUGUAUGUUAUAACAGUCAAGAAUAUCAGUCGUGAGCUUGGAAUUUCUAGUCAAGUUAGGGGGAUUCGACAGAUUACACCGCCAGUAAUUACAUCAACAUUAUAUCCGGGGCAAAUUUCUUCAACAGCAAUAAACAUCAACUUUGGUGAAUCAGAUCCAGAACACGUCUUUGAUCAUUAUGAGCUUACCUUUAGUGGCAACUCCAAAAAUAUCAGCAAAGUUCUCGAAAAAGAUGGCGAAAAAUCGUUUACUUUUACUCGGCUCAUUCCCGGAAAAACAUACGACUUUGAAUUGUACACUAUUUAUCAGGGCAUUAAAAGUCGACCGGUCAUUGCCAAUAUUACUACAUAUCCGCUAAAAGUGGACAAGUUGUAUCCGGUUGUUGGCAAGGAUUACGUUGUUUUGUACUGGGAUGUGCAAAACUUUGUAAACAGCAAUUGCCGUUUUCGUCUUAGCUAUACUGGAACGUCAAAUUCGGGCCAUCAAAGUUCUGAAACAGUUGAGCUGAACAACACGAGUAAGUACCGAUUUGAUGGUCUUGAAAGCGAAACGUAUUAUACAUUCACAAUUACGGUCAUCAUGGGAGUUGGCGAUGCAAAAGCUGAAUCUGAGUCGGAGAUGGUUACUGUUGGUAUCAGCGGAGCUGGUCGAUCGGUACCAGUGGUACAACGAUAUGGUACUCGUGAACUUGCUGUUACGUUUGAAAACGACCAGAAUGCAUUCGCAGAUACAAAUGGAGUUAUAGACAACUACGCUGUGAUAGUAACGGAGGAUAUUAAGUUGGAAGGAGACGAUUAUGAGUUAAAGUCUUGGUUUGAAGUACGCGAAGAGGAACAUUGGCCUCCGUAUCGAGCAUCGCCGUCUGAUUACAAUCCAUUCAAAAAGCAGCAUUCUAAACCGGUAACGUUCAUCGUUGGAGCGGAAGACUGCGAAAGAAGACGACUUGAUGAACAGUACUGUAACGGGAUGUUAAGAGCAAAUGUCGACUAUUUUGUCAAAAUUCGCUCUUAUUCAGUUUCAAAUAUUGCUAUGGAAACUGAAUGGACGUCAGUUAACGGAGUUGUAGGCUCUAACGAGGAGUCUGGAGAUGGAGGACGUCGAUUACCUUGUCAUAUGUAUUUGAACGGUUGCCCGCGUAAGAAUCGUGCUUCUAAAUUUGCUGUGACAUAUUUGCAACUGUUCAUGUCGAUGUUUCUAUAUUUUUUGCAUUCAACACUGUUACGCUGUUGA